UUUGUGAAAUAUGGGGUAGAUCUUAGAUGGGUUUUGGGUAUUUAAGAAGCUCUCGGUUUCCUCGUUUUCCUGUGAGAGAAGCCGUAGUCUCUCUUUCUCUUCAGAGAUCUACUGUUUCCAUCUCUCUGUUCCUGUGUUUCGUAUUCUCUUCUUAGAUCUUUUGGAAGAAAACAGAGGGAGCAAAAAGAAGGUUAUUGAUUAAAAUUGAAAAUGGUGAAGAUCUGUUGCAUUGGAGCUGGGUAUGUCGGUGGACCUACCAUGGCUGUGAUAGCACUCAAGUGCCCUUCUAUUGAAGUGGCCGUUGUGGAUAUAUCCAUUACUCGUAUCAAUGCUUGGAAUAGCGAUCAGCUCCCCAUCUAUGAGCCAGGCCUGGAAGAUGUGGUGAAGCAGUGCAGAGGAAAGAACCUUUUCUUCAGUACUGAUGUAGAGAAGCAUGUAAGCGAGGCAGAUAUUAUUUUUGUCUCUGUCAACACCCCAACCAAAACUCGAGGACUCGGAGCAGGCAAAGCCGCUGAUCUAACCUACUGGGAGAGUGCGGCACGCAUGAUAGCUGAUGUAUCAAAAUCCAACAAGAUUGUAGUUGAGAAAUCAACAGUCCCAGUAAAAACAGCUGAGGCAAUUGAGAAGAUUCUGACCCACAACAGCAAGGGUAUCAACUUCCAAAUUCUCUCAAACCCAGAGUUCCUUGCUGAGGGGACUGCCAUCCAAGACCUCCUCAAGCCUGAUAGGGUGCUCAUUGGAGGCCGGGAGACUCCUGAUGGACAGAAAGCAAUCCAAGCAUUGAAGGAUGUAUAUGCCCAUUGGGUGCCUGAAGACCGAAUCCUAGCUACCAACCUGUGGUCAGCGGAGCUUUCCAAGCUUGCUGCCAAUGCUUUCCUGGCCCAGAGAAUCUCCUCUGUCAAUGCCAUGUCAGCACUGUGUGAGGCAACUGGUGCAGACGUUACCCAGGUGUCCCAUGCUGUUGGUAAGGACUCUAGGAUUGGGCCCAAGUUCCUGAAUGCCAGUGUUGGCUUUGGAGGGUCCUGCUUCCAGAAGGACAUACUGAACCUGGUCUACAUCUGUGAAUGCAAUGGCCUCCCUGAGGUAGCAAACUAUUGGAAACAGGUCAUCAAGGUGAAUGACUACCAGAAGAACCGUUUUGUCAACCGGGUUGUCUCUUCCAUGUUCAACACAGUCUCAGGUAAGAAGAUUGCUGUUCUGGGGUUUGCAUUCAAGAAGGACACAGGUGACACCAGGGAGACCCCCGCCAUCGAUGUGUGCAAAGGGCUCUUGGGGGACAAGGCCCGGUUGAGCAUCUAUGAUCCUCAGGUCAGUGAGGAGCAGAUCCAGAGGGACCUCUCAAUGAACAAGUUUGACUGGGAUCACCCACUUCACCUCCAGCCACUGAGCCCCACUGCAGUGAAGCAAGUGAGUGUUGUUUGGGAUGCAUAUGAGGCAACCAAGGAUGCCCACGGUGUCUGCAUUCUGACGGAGUGGAAUGAGUUUAAGACACUUGAUUACCAGAGGAUAUAUGAUAACAUGCGGAAACCAGCGUUUGUAUUCGACGGUAGGAACAUCGUGAAUGCGGAGAAGUUGAGGGAGAUUGGUUUCAUCGUGUACUCCAUAGGGAAGCCCUUGGAUCCAUGGCUCGAGGACAUGCCUGCUGUGGCUUAGAAGGGAAACAUGGAUUUAGCACGGCUUGCACUGGAUCACUUAGAAUUGAGAUUUGAUGUAGAAUGUUUGAUUCUUUAAAAUUUUUUGUAUUUCUUUUCUUACCCCCCCCCCCCCCCUAUUCCGUUUAUCGCUAUUAGUCGUGCUUUAUGUUGUUUCUUACCUGUGAACAUUAGUUAGUUAAAAAUUACUGCUGCUUCCAUCUUAUGGAAGCCAAGAAGCUCUUUGUUACUUAGCCAUUACUGGAAUGAUCCCAAGUCAAUGUGUUCUUUUUACUUGGCUUAAUAAGCUGUUAUAAAUGAAUUCAUCGAGGCUUUAGAAACCA